GGCAAAUAACGGUGGUAGCAGUGAUGAGAUUGAAAAGUACAAUGGACGGGUGAAAUUUUUACCAUUGUUUUUAAUGUAUUAAUUUAAUUAUUAUUUUCUGAAACUAGUUUACGAUAGCUGAGAAAAUAGCGGUAAAUUAUUUAUAAUCUAUUGUAGUCAGUGACCGUACUCCUGUAUAAGAAUCUAUUGUAAUUGUUGAUGUUUAAAAAUUUGUUGUGCCAAAAUGGAAUUGUCAUCGGGUAAUCCAACUUCCCAAGACUUUUUAAAACACAAAAGAGGACAACGAAAUUCAAACUCUUCAUUGCCUCCAUAUUUUUCUGAUGUAGAAGUUGAUAUCAUAGAUAUUAAUAGCAUACAUUUUGAAGAUGAUGAAUCCUGGUUGUGCUCUUCUAGUAGUGAAAAUCCCGUUUUAGAUUUACAUAAAUGGUUAUGCAAAGAUUUAGAUACAAAUUCUACACCUCUUACAAACAUCACAACAUAUAUUGAUUCACAGAAGAAUGUUGACUCUAGAACAUUUACACGUCCAAAGAAAAGGUUUACACGUCCUUCUAUAGAACGAUACAAUGAAGAGAUGUAUGGUAGUAGCAGUGAAACAAUUACUAUACAAACAAACUCUAGAAGUUUCAUAAUAGAAGAAAAUUCAGAGCCUAUAAGAGAAACUGAAAUGCCUGUUAAUUUUGAUUUAUCCCUUCCUUCCAGCAGCUAUUAUUUUGACAAAAUGAUAGCAGACUUAGGAGAGUCAGAUUCAUUUCAAAACAUGUCCCCACCAAGUCUUGUAAAUUCCAUGUGCUCAUCAACUUUUGCCAAUCUUAUGGAAAGUAGUUUUAUUAAGAAUGAUCCUAUUUUAAGAGAAAUCAGAGAUACUGACUAUUCUGAAACUGUAUUAUUGCAAGAUUCUGAAGCUCCAAUGUUUCAAUCAAUAACUGAAAGUUGCAGCAGUAUUAAUUCUGACACUCCUGAAAAUUUCUUAAAAAAGGUUUCUUUCAAUGGAACAUUUAAAAAAAAUACAUGGAAAGAAGGAGACAAGCAGAAACAUACAGAUACAACUUUUAGUAAGCCUGUUGAAUUAGAAAAGGAAGGGGACAAUACAAUUAAAAAUAUUUCUGAAAAUUCCACAGGACAAAACAACGAAACUUGGGUUAAUCCAAAUGGUACAUAUCGUAGAAUUACUAAACAUAAUGGCACAUUUAAAAAGUCUGAUAUUAAAAAGAAUCAAAAUGUUUUAAAUACAACAUUUGAGACAGAACCCCAGCAAAAAAUUAACCCAAAUACAACACAUGUGCUUAUAAAAGACUGUAAUGGUGUUGAAAACAUGAAAAAAGAAUUAUCCGACAACAUGGAUAUGUAUACAGAUUUAAAUAGGUUAAGUUAUUGCCUUGAAAAUGAUAAUAUAGAAUUACAUGAAGCAUAUGAUGAUAUAAAUGGAUCCUCAAAUAAUUUGAAGACUUCUAAUCUAAGUGGCUCUGCUGGUUCUGCAGACAGUCUUGAUAGAUUAAGCAGCAUGUCAAGCAGUAGUAGAGGUUCAAACAAAAUGCUCAAUAUGGCAGAUGUAGAUGCCAUUGUAGAGAUGCAGGAAAGAAGUCUCCAACAAGUGAUGUCAACUCCAAAAAUAUCGACAGCUUCCAAAAAAUUAUGGGACCAUAAUUUCAUAUCACCUAUAACCACAGUAGAAACUAUAUCAGAUUCUGACCAUUCAUCUAACGACGACUACAAAAGCGUCCGAUCGACCAUAUCAUCAAAAGGAUCUUUAGAUCAAUUCGUCAUUAAACAACAACCAAAAAGCUUAGGUUAUGCACCGAUUUCCUUAGAUGCAACAAUCAAAAUUAGUCAAAAAGGUUCCUAUACUGCACCAGCUCCCAAACCUUUGCCAGUAACUAGACCCUAUGCUAAGACUAAUUCAUAUUCUAACCUCAAACCUAUGAACUCGAACAUACCUGGUAGUUACUCGAAUAUUUAUAAAAUGAGUACUGCGAAACAACCAUCUAUUAAUAUGGGGUCUAAUUUAAAAACUAUGGGUACAAAACUGAAAGGCUCUUAUACUAGUCUAAGACCCAUGAGCUCUAAUCUACCAGUGGCGCCACCUCUAAUUAGUUCCAAUACAACGUCGACGUUGAAUAAAGCAACUCCUCUGAAUAUAGUAGAAGUACAACCGAUGCCAAGAGAAAAAAUUACGUUAGUAGGUGACAACACAUUUGUAAAACCCCAUCCAGUAAAAGCUAGUGGCUUACCAAGGCCCACAGGAAUACCCAGGCCAGCUUCUAAAAUACCCGCACCUCGUGGUAGUAAUGUAAGGCCAAAAACUUCGAGAUCUGUGUAUUCUAAAACGGAAAUGAAAACCGUAACCCAGUAACGAAAUGUAGUUGCUGUUUUGUGCCUUAUAUUUAUAUCCGAGCUUUCUAAAUAUAGGUAUUGUGAAGCAUAUCCCUCUAAUAAAACGUUUUCCUUUUA